AUGUCCGACCCGGAAAGUUCCAGUUCAUAUUUUGGUCUGGAUGAUCCGCAGUGGCUAUGUAUGGUCACACUUUUUAUCGCAUCCCUGGUUACCCUGGUACUGUAUUUUGUACAGUAUUUCCACCUAAGGGCAACAGGGUUGGAGAAGACUGGGGCAGAGGACAAUGCGGCGGAGGAGGAAGCCGCCUCUCUACUGGGUUGGGCGCUGUCACUGAAUAGCUGGAAAAGUCAGUGGAGGGGAGCAUGGUGCAAGGCUUUGAAUGCCAAAUCAAGAGAGAGUAGUGGGAGUCCAAUUAUUUUAACCUUCUAUGAAGAUGACGUCGAAGCAUCUGAGCUCAUGGUCAGCAAAGUGUCUCGCUUUAAGAGAUCUGCCCCUAAUAAGGCUUCUUGCUGCCUUGUGGUCGGCGAGAAAUUUCAGUUUUCCCUUGGAGUGUCCGCAACCACAUCAUGCCCUGUAGAUCCUUGUAAAUACACAGUGUGUAUAUCUCCAUUGGAAAUGCAGCUUGAGCUACAGUUGCAAGAAGCUGAAGAUCAAGUCAAAGUGAGUUGGGGUAUUUGUCAUCUGGAGACAGAAAUGGUGCAGGUGACACCGAAUUUGAUCCAGGACAAUGUCAGCACUUCCUGUGUGGCAACAAUAAAAGAGCAGUUGAAGCAAGCUUUGUGUGUGACCCGACCAUCUGUAAUAUUGAGAUGCAAGCCUUCUCAGGCCUCUGAUGUCAAGGAAACUUGCAACAAAGUGUUUUCACCCCCCAAACCACCUCGCGCACACGACUGGAAGCUGCUGGUGAAAAACAUUCGCGUGAUACUCAGUCAGCAGGAUGAUGCUGCAGGCAGCAUAAAUCCUAUAUGUGUACUGCAGUUAAAUGACCCUCCUCAGAAGUUUAAUACAUCUGUUUUGAAGAACACCGCCAAUCCUGCCUGGGAUCAGCCAUUUGUCUUCGAGCUGAAUGGGCGAUCAAAAGAGCUUAUUAUUUUGCUGGUAAAUGAUGGCCAACCUCAAGAAGAAAAGCUUCUUGGCCAGGUGUCAGUGCCUUUUGACCUUGUUAGGAAGCAGCCUAAAGGGCAACAAACAUUUUCACUCAUAACCAAAGAUGUAGUGACUGGAUCACUUACUACUGAUUUUACCUACCUGGAUCCAAGUGAAGUUAGGUCCUGGCAGCCUCCAACCCCAGCCUCCACCAAGAAAGUUGAGAUGGACCGUACUGUCAUGCCAUGUGGAACAGUGGUUACCACUGUCACUGCAGUCAAGAGCAAACCGGGUCGGAUGCUUCACCCAGGACUCAGCAUUGAUUCUUCGCAAAAAGCAAUGGCCCACAAGCCCAAGCUUUCAGAACGGCGAGUUUCAGAGCAGACGUCAAUGCUGGGAGGAACGGUCAGCAAGGCUUUGUCUUCUUCAGACACUGAGUUACUGAUGCUGAAUGGCACUGAUCCUGUGGCUGAGGCUGCCAUCAAACAACUCCAUCAGUCUGCUAAGCAAAAGCUCAGGUCCCCGGUGAAGAAGAGUACUAUCAUCAUCUCUGGGAUUACGAAAACACCAUUGUCCCAGGACGAUGAGCUGGCUCUGAUGGCAGGCUAUGCUGCAGCGAUGGAUGCGUCCCUGUCAGAUGAAAGCUCCUCUCAGGAUAUGACCACAGCAAUUGUGUCGGGGACAAGUACCCCCCUGGAGGGUUCAGAACACCAGCAAGGUCCCAGUGGAUUGGGCUGCCCCCCUGAUACCUGGGAGUCCCACACAGGAGAGGACUUGAAUCAUACUUCACUUUCCAUGUGUGUGUCAGAGGUCAGCUGCAAAAAGAGAAGAGGCAGCUUCCUUCAGAAGAGCGCCAAGCUCUUCUUCCGGCGGCGUCACCAGCGCAAGGAUCCCAGUAUGAGCCAGUCACACAACGACCUGGUCUACCUGGAUUCCCCUACCACCGUGGAGAGGGCCAGCAAAACAGCCACGCUCAGCCGCAUGCUCAGUCGCAAGAGCAAAAGUAAAGCUAAUGGCUCUGCUUCCACCGGUCACCCACCUGCCUGA